AUGGCAGGAGUUGCCUCUGCGGGACCAGCGACCACGGUCGUCAAUGGGUCCAAGUCACCCUACGAUGUGGCGGGUUCUGCUAGUCAAGAGAAUACGACUACAAACAAAACCCGCCCCUCCGGCCUCCGUCAAAAUUCCACCGGAUCUACGCGUAUGCCCUUGUCGAAUCUCGCGCCGAAUCGUAAGGACAGCAGCGUGAACGGCCGAUUGGCCUAUAAUAGGGUGGAAGAGCUAGGCCAACAGGAGGGAAAUUUAAUACGGAGCGGGAGUGAACCAGACAGCUUGCUUGAUUUAUACAGAAGCAAUGCAAGCAGUGGAAAUGUCAGUCAACAAGCCAACGAUAAUGACAUCCCGGAAAACAUGUACCGGCCUGAACAGGACGACCCCGAGGGUUGGAUCCACCGGGACAAAUUAGCCAAGAUUGAGAGCGAAGAACUGCAAGCUGCAGGCAUCAAUUUGGCCAACGCGAGGAGGAAUGUGAACAAGGCCGUGAGAAGGGAGACCAGUCGCGGUCGGCGAAGUGAAGAACGCAGUCUUUCGGAUUUUCGCCGAGCUGAGACAGAAGAAACCAGACCCAAACUCGAAGAAGCGGUGGAAGAGGAAGACGACCGAUCCAAUUGGGAUUUUCGAAGCCCCGAAGAGAUUGCGGCUGACCAUGCUUCGUCACAAAUGUACUCGAAUCCGGUGUUGAGAAAGUCCGGAUCCAAGAUUCCUGUUUCGACGUCGAGUCCUCUACCUAUACCACAAGAGAGAAUCGAACGAGACACUCCUUUGGUCAGGAAACGCACUAUUAGUAACAGUAUGAGCCCGGAAGACGGCAUACCUGUCCUGAAAACCAGAACGCGAAAAGGGAGUACCGGCAGUCAACCCUUGCAUGAUGAAAGUGACCACCUGGCUACACCGGUCCCCAGCAACAAUUCGAAACUAUUAACCCCCAAGACAUCAUCUCCAACCAAGAUGAGACCAAAGACCGCUCAAUCGUCACCCCCGGAAACCUCGGCGGGAAGGAAACCAUCUGGUACGGCAAGGAAAGCCUCGACUAACAACAAUAAAACAUCUGCGACGCCUUCGCCGAAUCAAAGGCCCGGCACGAGAUCUGGGGAAUUGGAUCGGCCGCGAACCGCAGUCAAUCGGCCUGAAGGCGAUCCACCAUGGCUGGCAACCAUGUACAAACCGGACCCCAUGUUACCACCCGACGAGCAAAUUGUUCCCACGCAUGCUCGACGACAGCAACAAGCCCAAUGGGAAGACCAAGGAGCUAUUCCAAGCACCUACGAUCGCAAUUUCUCACCGCUGGCCAUUCACACGGGCAAUGGUCUUAUGAAGGAAGCAUCGCCGGUUCUUCCUUCAUCUCCUUCUUCAGAAAGAGACGCAGAACGAGAUGAGGGACGAGAAGGAAACGCAUGGCCGCUGAAGCCCGUUCCGAGUGUGCGGAAUUCUGGAGGUGGCCGACCUGGUACUGGCGGCAGUGCUACUGGUGGUUACAGCACGAUGCCGAGAGUGACGAGUCCGGCCGUUGUGCAUAGCCCACGAAUGGGAAGUAUAUCCACCACAUCAGCUCAACCGAAUCGAAUGCAAGUUCACCGGCUGCCGCAAAAUGAGAUGGACGAGAAAGUGAAAGAGAAAAGUUGUGGCUGCUGUGUCGUCAUGUAA